AUGCAUGUAUGCCCCGGCGCACAAGGCCCGGAUCCCAGCCCGCGUCUGCCUCGUCCAACCUCCGCUGGCACAGCAUCGCGGCCCCCGACACGCCACAGCCUUGAUCUGAUGAGCUCGCCCGACCCGCUGGACGAACCCACUAUAAUCGCAGUUGCUACCACUGCUGCCGCCGCUGCUGCGAGUGCUAACAGCAGCCUUGCGCCCGAUCCAAAAACCGAGCCCGCGUCGCGUCGCGUGUCGCACAGCCAACCGCAUCGCUCCAUCUCGCCAGCAGCCUCGCCCCGGAAACACACGCUCAACUUGCUGCAAGCGGGCAAACCAGCGUCGUCGCAGCGGUUGUCGGUCGCGGUCCAGGUCCAGACGGAGGGCCACGGCGACGGGGGCGCCAACGACACCAUGGCCUCGACCCCGGGCGGCACGAGGCGGAAGCUGUUCAAGUCGCCGGUCCAGUCGCCUUCCACCGUCCGGCGCAGAACCGACCACGCAGUCACGACGACGGUUCCGCUGAGGGAGACCGGCGAAGAUGAGCUCACAGCCGCCAUCACCCCCAGCAGGAGACGGGGCCGCCCUCGAAAGUCCAACGGCACUCCCGCUCCGCAGGCGGGCGUCAAGAGGAGGGCGGGUUCACCGAUCAGCAGAAAUCCACGCCGUGUACGCACCGACAGAUUUGGAGGAGGAGCAGGAGGAGGAGGAGGAGGAGGAGGAGGAGGAGGGGAAAGCACCACACAGCUGCACUUUGACGAGGGCAAGGAAAAUUUUCACGCCACGCCAGCAACCGCAAAGCGAGGGCGGCCGCCCAAAGCCCAGGCCGUUCAACCAUCCAGCGAACUGGGAGCUACAAAACGAGGCCGUAGACGACAGGCGAUGGCCCCCGAUGAGUUGGUUGGGAUAGCGGAGGAAGCAGCAGCAGAAAGAAGCCAAGUCCAAAGCGGUCGGCGCGUAAGCGAAAGCGACGCCGUGGAUCUAAUACAACCUCCUCCGUCGAGGCAAGGCGCCCAGAAUGAUGCUGCACAUGGAUCGGAUGCUGCAUCUAACGCAGACACGGAAUCGGAUUGGAUACCAGGACCCAACAAUGAUGCGACACCUAGGGCUGCAGCGCAGCCCUCGACUCUUCGGCUGCCCUCCAGAAGUGACCAUGACCACCGUGCUCCAGAAGCAAGCGAUCAUUCCACUGUGGACGAGCACAUCAAUGAUUAUAGUUCUCAAACAAACGAUACGAUCGCGCAGGGAGAGGACUUCAGCAUGAUUUUCAUGGACUCCAUUCCCUCGCUGCAGGGAAGUCGUAACGGUAACAGUUCUUUUCAGCCUGCUGAGGAUGAUGACGAUGUUGGCGACGAGACGCACCUUAUCAUUAAUAACACACUGGCAUCGCUCAAGAGAGAAGUUGCCGAAAGCAGUGACCCAGUAGAGGUCACGGAGCAAAUCGAGAUUCCGGAGGAGCCAGAGAUCGAAGAACAGCCGGAGCCCGAGCCCGAGUUUGUUCCAAUCAUUCGAGAGUCGGCAAGAAACGCGCGCCUGAGCCUGAGCCCGUGGUGGUCCCGUAAACCUAAGAAGAUGGGGACCUCGGGGGCCUCUCCGCUGAGGCAUCAGACUCUGCUGCGCUCAGCGGCAAAGAGGUCGGGGAGACUGUUCAGAUUUGACCAUGAGAGGGAGGACGAGCCGACGCCCACUAAGGCUGGCAAGCAGCCGUCAUCCGCCCAGUCCAGGAGAGAUCGCUCAAACGACUAUCGAGAAUCUUUCUCUGAGAUGCCUCGUAAUUAUCUCGAUACUGCAGCACCCAAGCCCUUGAACUUUUCUGCCACCCAGGACGACCGAAGGGUUGACUUGGAGGAGUACGGGUUGCAUCGAGAGGACGAGCAUGCGGAAGAGGAGUACGCUCAAGAGGACCAUGUGCAAGAGGACCAUGCUCAAGAGGAACAUAUCGGAAAACAUGCCGAAAAACAUACUGAGGAACAUGCCCAGGAACAUGCCGAAGAAUAUGCCGAGGAACAUGCUGAAGAAGAACGUGCUGAAGGGGCACAUGCCGGGGUAGGACAUGUCGAAGAGGAAGAUGCCGAAGAACAUGUCGAGGAAGAACACGGCGAGGCAUUAGCCUGGCAUACCGAAGCACCUGCGGACGACAACCUCCAAGAAUCUGCCAACAAUGCUCCGCAACAAUUUUUUUUUGCCACACAACCGUACAGUGCAGUCGCACUGGGCCCCAUGAGGAUUGCAAUGUCCGAGAUGAGUUCUCCCGUACGACAUAUCGAAGACGAGGAUAGUGAGCACCGGGAGCACGGGCGCUAUGGUGACUACGGGGCCUAUGAAUAUCACGGGGGUAAUCAAGACCACGAGCAGGGCGUUCUUGAAGAGGAUGGGGAGCAAAUUGACUAUAAAGAGCCUGCUGAAGAGUUAGAGGAGCAACAGAUGCAAGAGGAGCCCGAAGAACAUGGGGAGCACGAGGGACACGGUGAGCACGAAAAGCAUGAGGGAUAUGAAGAGCAUGAAGAGUACGAGGAAGACGAGGGGCUUCUGCAACAAGAGGAAUUUGAGGAGGAGGAGGAGGGACAGAGGGAAGAUAUGGAACUUGACCAUGAAGAGAAAGAGAGAGAAGAAGAACAUCCGACACACCUAGGGCGGCAGGAGGAAGAUAUGGAAGAGUAUGACGAGGAGCAGAAAGCGGAAGACCACGAACAGCAAGGGGGAGAGGAGGACUUGGACGAGCAGGAAAAUCACAAGGAACAUGAGGAGGCUUUGGAUUAUUAUGCCGAGCAGGAAGGGAUUGAAGAGCACGAAGAAAUCGAGAGGCACGAGGAACACGAGGACUAUGUGGAAGAAGACGGAGACUUUGAGGAGCACGAAGAGCCUCAACAACAUGGAGAAGACUUCAACCACCGCGACGAGCACGAUGAUCACGAGGAAUUUGGGGACCACGACGACCAUGAGGACUCUGGGAACCACGACGACCACGAGGACUUUGAGGAACACGAAGAAGAGGUCGACCAACACGAUGAGCAUGACCAACUCGAGGAACAUGGAGAAAAAGUCGACCAAUACGAAGAGCAUGCCCAAUAUGGAGAGGAAGUCGACCAACAUGAUAAGCAUGACGAGCUCGAGGCUCAUGAGGCUCAAGAUCAUGAGGUACAAGAAGAUGAGGAGCAAGAGGUCGAGCACGAUGGACUUCAUGACGAACACGAGGAUCAAGAAGAGGUCGAGGAUCGUGAGCAUCAUGAGGAUCGUGAGCAGCAAGAACACCACGAGGAGCGCGAGGAGCGCAAAGUGCGUCCCUACGAAUUCUCAAACCACCGGAGGCCAAAUUUCCUUGCCCGCCGCCAGCUCGACAACAAGGAAAACCAUGCCGAAGAACAAACGCACUCUGUUCCCCCCCAACAGCCCGAGCAGCCGAAGCCCACACCUGAGCGUGAGGUGCGCCCUUACGAAUUCUCAAACCGUUGGAGACCGAAUUUCCUUGCGCGCCGCCGGCCAGAAACCAAGGGAAACCAUAUCGACCAAGAUACGCACUCCAGAUCCUCACAAGGACCUGAGCAGCUAGAGCCUACACCUGAGCGUGAGGUGCAGCCAGUCGAGGCCACACCGCCCCAGCAGAUGUCAUCGCCACUUCAGGACCCUCAAUCCGUCCCUCAGGACCACGUGCAGUACCCGGUUCUGCGGCCGGUCCUUUCCUCCAUUAUGCGAGCUGGUCGAGUUCUGCAGACCGUCACUUCCGACCCUCCCUCACCAAGAGAACGGGAAAAACAGCUGAGGAGUCCGUUCAGGAGCUCUGCAAGUAAAGAGCCAUCCCACAGCGCCACCGAAGGUAGCCAGCCGCCUCCGAGCAAAAGCCCGCCUCAGCCAUUUCGCUUUGUCCGUGACCAGUCCGCUGCUAAUGGGGUGACCGCGAACCAAAGGAGAAGUGCUGGAUCUAGGCUUUUCGGUACAGGUUUCGGUAGCACACGUCCAGUGCUUGAUACGAGUGCAAGAGAGCCCCUGAACAGGAAUCGCCCUCCCUCGAGAGAGUCAGAAGCAAGCUCCCUGAACGACACUCCAUCACGUGGCGCUACCACGGAUUUGUUCGCAAGGACUCACCCCAUAAGCUCCGGCUUUAGAGGCAAUAAACCAUUACUUCAACCAUCAAGCUAUUCGGGUAUCAGAAGCCUUCAUCAGCCUCUCCCCCUUGUCCAGGUUGAUGGUGCCGGAGAGGAGCCUGAUCGUGUUGACGAGGAGGGGGAAAGGGAGGAGGAGGACCAGUAUCAAGUUCGAGAAGACGAAGAUGAGCGGGAAGAAGCCCAAAUGGAAGAGGAGGAGGAGGAGCAGCAGGAGCAGCAGGAAGAAGAAGAGCAGAACGAAGAGGAGGAAGAUGACGACGAUGACAUUGAUCUCUGGGAAUACGAAGCACAGCGGGAAGUACCGCCUCGCCCAGUAUUACAGCAGCCGCUGAUGCCCAUGAUGCCCAUGACACAAGAGCACAACACUGCGCCGGGCCUUGAAAGCUCUCGGAGAGACGCACAAGAGGCACCCGCGGCCGUUACUGCGGCAAGAGCUUUGCCAAAUGCGUCACGCACGAACCAGACGGUCGGUCGACAGCAGCUUGACAGGAACGUUGAGGAUGAUGAGUCCCCCCAGUUGUCUCGAAAGCAGCCUGAGCAAGCGCCGGCAACAGCGUCCAAUCCCAAGCGCUUUGACCUAUCGUCGUUUUUUUCUUCGCCGGCUGCGCUCCCAGGGUUGUUGGCCGAAAAGUUCAAAUCCACCAAACCGAAAACCUCUGCUCAGCAGAUCGAUCAACAAGCAGCAGCCCAACAAGAGGAAUCUCCCACACUGCCCACGACGUCAUUGUUUCCCAGCCUUGAUCAGACGGUAAACGGCUCCCGGGAUUUUGGUCGCACAGCUCCUGCAUCUUCCUCCAUUCCCUCUGAUCCACCGGUGGAGGGACAGGUAGUUGAAGAUGCCUCAUCUCCCGCUACCCCUGAGGAACGCGGUCUCCCUACCAUUGCCCAGAAGCAGAACUUUGUUCCACGGCCGCGACAGGCCAACGACUCUUCAUUCUUCCAGCCCUCAUCGUCUCAGCUGAGUACGAGCCCGACGAGGAUGCAGUUGACUCAUGAAGACAUUCAGAGAUGGCAGCUCGAAACAUCGCAUGCUGGCGACGAUUCGCCCAGCCUCAAGCCAUUACUGAGGCCUUUGCCGCCAAGGCAUGCCUCACCCAAAAAGUCCAAUCUUCGCUCUCCCUUGAAGCCUCACACGCCAGGGCGAGUGGUGGAGUUUUCGGGCAGCGUGCUGUCCCCCGAGGAACAAGCUCGGCUCCGCGAACAGCGCCUCCGGGCAAACGGGGAUGUGUCCCGAGAGGAUAUCGGCACUGCCGCUGCGGUACCGAACCAUGUCCAGCCACGGGCAGGUAAAGGCAGCAUGCCUCGGCCGCAGCCGCAGCAGCAACAACAACAACAGAAUCAGAACCGGCCUUCGAUUCUCGCCCCAAGAAUCAUCAAGCCCGCAGGCGUGACGAAGAAGCCACCGGUCAAGAAGCAUCGCCGACGGGAGCCCCCCUCGCAGACGGUCUGGACCCGCCAGCACUGGAUCUUCCUCGACACGCUCCUGCAGAUGCGGCGGCAGCGGCCCUUUAGCGAACGGUACGCGCCCGUGUCGCAGCGGUACCUGGGCAAGGUCGUCACUAGCAUGGGCGAGUCCCUGGUGCUGGAGAAGUGGCACCUCGAGUGCGUCGACGCGUUCAAGUCCCAGAUCAAGGGCUGGGACGAGGGGGAGCUGGCCAAGAGGCUGUUUGCGCUGAUACUGGGGGAGGCACAGCGGAGACGGGCUUCGCUGGGGCAGUCGUCUCCUGGCGUCAUGUUUCAUUGA